AUGGCUAUUCCAUGCCUGAAGAACGGUGUUGCUUCGAAACAUGGUGAAAAUUCCUUUCUUUAUACGCCUUGCCACUGUCCGGUCGGGAAGUUACUGCGCCAGCAGCAACUGAUACGCUGCGAAAAACCUCGCAUGCCCACAGUUCGCCGAGUCUCACGUAGAACGCAAUAUCUGGCCAAGCCUCGUAUGCCUCGCGCUAGGUACGAACCACGUGCCGGGAUACGCACCACCAAACAAACGGAAGUGUGCCGCACGUACAAGGAACCGUACGCUUCGAAGCGCCUGCAGCAACUUGCCCUACCACACGUGCGAAAGCUAGUUGCGGCCCAGCAGGAGUACCGCCGUUUUAUCGGCCGUCGUCAGCAGGACCAGCUGGAGAAGCGCAUCAAGACGAGCAUCUUCACGGUGUACAGCCGGCUGGCGAAUGUGCAACUGCCGGAAGUCGACAAGUACAAGGGCAUGUCACCGGAGGAAUGGCAAAAGCAUCAGGAUUGGCUUGUACGCAACGCACAACCAAAGCAGCCGCCGGCCUGCGAGCAACCGAAACGUGAGCGAAAGCCGCUGGCGGCGUUGAUUACUCGGAUUGAAAGUUUGUCGGAACCGCGUUUCGCACGGAAGAAGUUUGCUGGCCCCGAGAAGAUGGGUCCCGCGGCAAAACCGGCCGCAUUGAAAGCGUUGGCAUCGGACCAUGUGGCCAAACUAGCCGAACCGCUAGAGCGUCGUCGACGUGCCAAAGGUGCCGUGGCGGAGGACACACGGCUGCCGGAGAAUGUACUGAAAGCCGUCGCGUCUAGCCGUGUGGCCGAGCUGGCCGUUGCGAAGUCGUAUCGGAAUGUGAACAACGAAUAUCGCGAUAAACCGUUCACGGUCGAACCGAACGCACUGAAGGCAAAGGCGUCCGAUCGCAUCCUGGAGCUGGCCAAACCAAAGAAGGCGAAAAAGUGA